UUGGACAGAGAUGGCAGGCAACAUGAGGAUUAUAGUAUUUUACUCUCUUGUUGCUUUAUCGUUUGGAAAAGACAUGAUCUCCUCACUGCCGGCGAAGAGAGCAAAAGGGUGUAGCAUCGAGGGGGACAUAGCCUUUGUUGUGGACAGUUCCGGUAGCAUUGGUCAGAAUAACUGGAAGACACAGUUGCGGUUUAUAGAGGAACUUGUCCGAGGAUUUGUCGUGGGCCCAAACGACGUCCAUAUCGCCCUUAUAACUUAUAGCACUGGGUACAAAGUCGAGUUUCAUCUAAAAGAAUACGAAACUAAAGAGGAAGUUCUAGCCAGGAUAAGGGAUGUAAAUUACACCGGAGGAUCGACGGAAACGCACAAAGGAAUCCGUAUGAUGCGUGUUGGAAUAUUUAACCCCCGAAACCCACAAGGACCGCGCACCGGAAUUCCUCAUGUUGGAAUCGUGGUUACCGACGGCUUCUCUGAUAACCCCAACGCUACUGUCAAACAAGCCCGUCUAGCAAAGACUGAAAACAUUAUCAUGUUUGCUGUCGGAAUUGGAAGUGAAACUCGUUUUGAGGAACUAAUCGACAUAGCGACUCGACCUAAAGAACAACAUGUGUUUCAUGUCGGUGAUUUUGACGCAUUGGCAUCAAUUCAAGAGGUUAUUCUGCAGGAGAUUUGCAAUGCUCUCUGUCCAAAUAACUGGACCGCGAGAGGAGGAAAGUGCUACUAUGUGUCUUCCACUGCCCUGUCAUACGCGGAAGCCGGACAGCGCUGUGUUGACCUCCACUACAGCGCUACGCUCGCCACAGCCAAGACGAAGAUUGAAUACAAGACGAUAACGAAGAUGAUAUACACAAAGACUGGAUACAACUUCUCUUACUACAUCGGGCUUGACAAUGAGAGAUCUGGUGGAGCUGACUUCAUAUUUGCAGACAACUCGACUUCGGUCCUGUACAGCGAAUGGAUCUCUGAAGUCCCGAGUGGACAGAGACAGGGGUGCGUCAUGUUGGAUAAGACGCAUUCAUUCAUGUGGGACGUCACUGAAUGUUCCGUCAGUCUUCCAUUUGUUUGUGAAAUCGACAAGACUCGACGUACUUAAAAAGGAUAGAAAAACGACCAAAAUUAUUGUUCUGGUUCUCAAAGUACAUAGUCGGACUAGAAGAGACCAGCUAACAAUUCAGUCAUUCAAUGGUGCAGAACGGCGCAGAGAUGUUGAUUUUACAUGCACCCAUAUAUCUUCAGUGAUUUUCAUAGCUAAGAUGUGGUAGUUGAGAUGGUGCAUUCUAGACACGCAAAGGUUUUACUGUAUGGGCUGACGUGACAGGUCAGGUCAAAGUAUACUAGUAGAUAAUGUUAUGGAUUUUAUAUAUGUGACAGUUAACUUAUCAUACCGAAGGUAUACCACACGCAAUAAGGACAGCAUACUUUUUAUUA